CAGUGUGCUCCAGUCUUACUUGAUCUGACCUAGUCCUAGCCCGAGUCCUGGUCUGAGUCCUGGCCCAAGUUCUGGCCCGAGUGUGGCUCUUCAUGUGUCUACAGUAUGUCGAGGAGUGUCUGUAAGGGGCCAACAUGGCGGCAGUGUCGGUGAAGAAGAAGAAGUCCUUGGUGCAGAGCUCCAAACCGAUCGUUAGGAUGUGCGUGCUGGACCACAGAGAACACAUAACCAUGGCGUCUCCGGAGCAUGUGUGGCCCAUCCCCAUGAGGGCCAUCGGGGCUCAGAACCUGCUCACCAUGCCCGGGGGAGUCUCCACCGCUGGGUACCUGCACAAGAAGGGAGGCAGCCAGUUCAGUCUGCUCAAGUGGCCAUUGCGUUACAUUAUCAUCCACAAAGGCUGUGUGUAUUAUUUCAAGAGCAGUACCUCCGCCGCUCCCCAGGGGGCGUUCUCUCUCAACGGCUACAACAGGGUGAUGCGUGCAGCGGAGGAGACCACGUCCAGUAAUGUGUUCCCCUUUAAGAUUGUCCACUUCAGCAAGAAGCACCGCACCUGGAUGUUCUCUGCAGCCAGCGAGGAGGAGCGCAGGAGCUGGAUGAGGAAAUUGCGCAGGGAGAUUGACCACUACAAUGACCGACAGGAGUCCCACACGACCAGUGACACAGACUCAGAUGCAGACAGUUUCUACGGGACCAUCGAGAGGCCUUUGGACCUUAAGCACCCUAUCGACAACACAGACGAUGGUUUCACAGACGAAGAUGAUGAUGAAGAUGAAGACUAUUUGAAGCCAGACAGUUCGCCAACAACCACGAGUCGACCCAAUGGCCCCCCGCCAUCAUACCCUCCUCCCCCUGUGCCUCUGUCUGCUCUGUCCAAUCAGCUCCCUCCAGACUCCAAAGCCCCACCCCUUCCCCCACCUAUUCACCGAACCCCAACCAGCCCACUCCCCAAAAAGCCACCCCCCCCCAUUCCACCCCAGCCCACUCAUAAACACAUGCCCCCUGACCUACCCUUCGCCUCUCACUUGCAGAGACCCACCCCUUUUCCAAGCGUUACCCCUCCCCUUCCACCUCCCAACCCCAGACGGGCUGUCUCCAGACCUAGACCAGGUGAGAACCUUGAGCGCCCCCCACCUAUAACCCUGCAGAUGCCCGCCACACUACCCAUCUGUGAGAAGCUGGAGUCACAUCUACAGCUGAACCACCCUGUCCACAGUCAAACCCGUAGCCCUGCCCCCAUCCCAGUCAACAGCCGAGCACGCAGCCCCUCCCACAGUUCUGCCCACAGCCCUUCAGACAACCAAGCCCAUAGAGCCACCCAUAACCCACCCCACAGUCAGGCCCCUAGCCCCGCCUCCAGCCCUGCCCAUAGUCAAGCACGUAGUCCCACCCACUGUUCAAUUCAGAGCCCCACUCACAUCUCCGUCCAUGGCCCAUCACAGGGAAACCAUUCAUACAAACCCAAACCGAAGCCCCCUCCUUUGAUGAGCAAACCCCUCUUGCCCACUUCCAGGAAGCACCCCUCCACAAUCUCUCUGGGAAGAGCGUCCCCCGAAGGACAGAGCUUCCGGGCUUCUGGAGACGAACUCCCCAUGGACAUCAAGGCCAGGUGGAAACAGGCCAAAUCCAACCAGAACAGUCCAGAUGAGGAGGACGAUGAUGAUGACUAUGAGAAUGUGCAGCUCCCAGACUCUGUGUACAUUGACUCUACAGAGACCAGCUUCGUAGAGAAACUGUUCCGAGAGUGCGGGGUGUGUUCCGAUGGGCUGUACGCCAUUAGGAACUCAGGGACCAAAACCUCCAAGGUGCUGGUGGUGUGGGAUGUUAGCAUGAACAGGGCCCGCAACUACAGGCUCUUUGAGGAGAACGGCUGCAUCUACCUGGACUCUGAGCUGACCUUCCCCAGCCUGGCCAUCCUCAUCGAACACUACUACAACCACCCCCUGCCCCAACACGGCUCACUCUGCCUAAAGAAGCCCUACAGCCCCUGACCACCGGCCCCGUCCUGAACCACCUGACAACCUGACAACCAACCCCUGCCUCAGCAUGGCUCCCACUACUUGAAAAAGCCCUACAGCCCGUGAGCCACCAGACAAUUGACUCCACCCUGAGCCAUCUGGCCCACAUGACAACCUCCCCCAGCAUAGCUCCCACUGUCUGAAAAAGCCCUACAGAGCCCAAGCAACCUGACAACCGACCCAUUCUGAGCCACCUGACAACCAAUUCGUGCUCCAACACGACUCUCUCUGUCUGAUGAAUCCCAUAGCCCCUCAACCACCUGAUAAUCGGCCCCCAUUCUAAUUGCAUCCACCCCCUGCCCCAGCAUGGCUCCCUCUGCCUAAUGAAGCCCUACAGCCCCUGAUAACUGCCCCUAUUCUGACAACCGGCUCCAUCCUGACUACAACCACCCCUCCUCCUACACAGCUCCCUCUGCCUGCAAGAUGAUGACUGCCCCCAUCCUGAGGCACCUGACCACAGUCCCUGAUCACUGUCUGCUGAUGCCUUUCACUUCCUGACCACUGGUGCUCGUUUUUACCAUAUCAACAAAAUGUAGAUUUGCACAAAGUUGUUACUGUAAGACAUUUGCCCUUUUUGCCCCAGAGGCUUUAUCAGGUCUCUAGUUUCCUCAGUGCAGGAGUACGAUCAGACCUGAAACAAGCUCAUUUUGGUCAAGGCUCUCUUUUUUUUACCCAAAUGUGACCUUGAUCACAUUUUUUCAUGUCACAAGCUCACUAAAAUCUGAUUAAUAUCUGAUUUCUCGACCUUUAAAAUUACUUAAAUGACUUAACUCAAAAGCUCAAAAUGCUCUUUCCCACCUUCUAAAGUCAUGAAGUGGUUCUUUUCAAGUUAACAGAUACCCUUUAUCUUUUGUUCAGUAGAGAUUGGGAAUUCCAGAACUGAAAUUAUCCAAAUGAUUCCAAUCAAGGUGUAUUCCUGUAUUGAUACUUUGCAGUGGCAUCACGCUGGAGGUGUUCUACAUUUAUGACUAUAGUGCAAUGUUUAUUUACCAUGGUGAGACAACGCAGACAUUUGCAAACACAGCCAAGUUGUAAAUAGUCGCAAAACUCAAUAAAAAAUACUAAAUGGAUUUAAACCAAAGCCAAUACAAGUGUUUAUGGUCCUGUUUAGGUGUUUUUCAACAAAAAUGUAAGAGCAACUGAUUGAAAAACUGUUGGCACAUGCUAGCUAGCUUGUAACUGUAAUGUUAUUUGAGAGGGACUUGUUUAACAGCACAAAUUAGUCCACCUGUUGUAGUUUUAGUUAAGUCAGAUCUUUAUGGUCAGAUUGUGUUAAAACAAAGCUCAGAUUAAAGUCAAAAUUGAGCAACAAAGUUUCAAAAAGAAUAGAGCCUACAGCUAGCAU